AUGCCUCGACCUACACAGAGAAUAUCUUCUCUCCCUCCAUUUUCACAUCAUGCACGACAAUCUCUCGACGAUUCUUCUCUUCCAACACUUCCUCAUCCACCGUCACCUCCUUCAGACCCGACAUUCUCUGGCAUCACGAAUGGGGGGUUUAAUUCUAAUUUUCACCGCUAUAGCACCAUUCCAUUGAUCUCAAGUGUCGCAGCAGAGCCCGAAUCGGAUGGAGAAACUGAAUCCUUCUCUUACAUGAAUAACCUGAACACAGGGGUAUAUAAUAGUCUCAGCCGAAUUCCUUCUUACCGACUUCCCUCGCCGGUUUCACUACCCUCACGCCACAAUAGUCGAAUACAACGGGAUCGCGGUAUGAGUGCGAGUCCUGUUAGUUCAAUCAGCGCUGUGGAUGCUCCCAUUACGAAUCGAUAUAGUUACUUAAUCCAACCAUCAGUCGGGAUGUCCCAAAAUCCCACUUCUUCAGACAUUUCCUAUCCUUCUCUCCCAUCUUCUCAAGAUCAAAAUCCUGUAGCAUUAACGAUGGGCCUACCACAAAACGUGGAUUCAUACAACCAAGCACAAACAUCCCGUUUUCAAGGGCAACUAACAACAAUAAAUGAAUCGACAACCAAUCUACCCGGGACAAGCAACCAGCGACCUGGUAGUCAAUCAACGAGCCAGCCGCAAUACGCCAUUCCACCGCCUUCUCCACCACCUGCACUAACAGUAACAUACGACAUUCCGCCUCGUCCUCAAUUCUCUUCCGCGGACAACACACUGCCCGCUCCACCCCCAAGCACUUUUCAGAGAUUGCGUUCUGCCGCCCAUUCACGAUUUGGCCGAAUACCUAAUGUGUUUAUACACCAAGGGCCUCCGCGGCCUCUUUCGCUCUCUUAUUUACUGAGGCGUCGAAGACCGAGCAACCACCCGCCAACCCCUGCAUUAGCAAUAGUAGGAUUGGUAACCAGCAUCCUCGUUUUCAUCUCCCUGAUGACAUUUCUAUGGGUAUCGACGUUUGCAGCCAAUAUCGUUGCCAUUGUAUAUGCAUUCUCAGUCCUAGUCGCCUGCACAUGGGUGCUUGUUGACUACAAUCAAAAGAAGAUGAGGGCGAGGAUAGAUGAAGAGGCAGGUGGUUCCCGGUCAAGUUUGUUUACUGGCAGCGGGACACGGCAAGAGAUGGAUAUGGUGCAAGAAAGCGAAAUUAUUGUUAUACCGAGGAUGCCAGUACACAGAGUCGUUGGAGAGGGAGAAGCAGAUCCUGAACUCCCGCCAUAUACUCGAGGGGACGCAGCUGAGAUAUUGGAUAUACCGGUUCCACCACCGCCGAACCCUUAA